UACUCACCGAUUUUGCAUUUACAAAUUUCUUAACAGUGUUUCAAAAAUUACCUCAUUUUUCCAAUCAUUUCGGUGCCUUUUUCGCUACACAAAGCAAAGGAACGAUCCAUAUUCCACCAUGACGGUGAUUUCGCUUAUCUCAUCUUCCAAAUGCUUUGGCGGAUUGCAAAAGAUAUACUCGCACCAAUCGAAGGAACUGGCGUGCGAAAUGAAAUUUGCCGUGUUUCUGCCCCCAACUGCUGAUGACCGUCGGCUGCCGGUGCUUUACUGGCUUUCGGGGCUAACCUGCAACGAAACGAACUUCAUUCAAAAAGCCGGUGCGCAACGUUACGCGACCGAGCACAAUCUAAUCAUCGUCUGUCCGGACACUUCACCGCGCAACGUUAAUAUUCCGGGUGAGGAUGAUUCGUGGGAUUUCGGUUCCGGUGCCGGGUUCUACAUCGAUGCAACGAAGGAUCCCUGGAGCAAGCACUAUCGGAUGUUUAGCUACGUCACGCAGGAACUGAUCGAUGUAGUUAACAACAACUUCCCAACGGUGGUGAACAAAAUGAGCAUCGCUGGUCACAGCAUGGGUGGACACGGUGCGUUGAUUUGUGCGCUCAAAAACCCGGGCUUGUACAAAUCGGUGUCGGCAUUCGCAGCUAUCAGCAAUCCUACCAAGUGUCCGUGGGGUCAGAAAAUUUUCAGUGGCUAUCUUGGGGAGGAAAAAGAAGCAGAGUGGAAAAACUGGGACGCUACUGAGCUUGUGGCUAGCUACAAUGGUCCACCGUUGGAGCUAUACCUGGAUCAGGGAUCGGAAGAUAGCUUUCUGAAGGAUGGACAGCUUAACCCUCAAAAUCUGGUCGAUGCUUGCCGUGCAGCACAGGUGCCGUGUGUACUGAACAUGCGCGAUGGAUAUGAUCACAGCUAUUUCUACGUUGCCUCCUUUAUCGGGGACCAUAUCGCUUAUCAUGCGCGACACCUGCAGUAGGAGAUGCGCUUUAAUGGCCUUUUUUUGUAAACACUCGUCUUCACGUGCGGCAAAUCAAUAUGAUUGAUGAAGCAAUAAAUGUUUGAAUUUUAUUCCUCUU